CCCACGCAGAGAAGUGAUUGAGCAUAGUAGACCCAGUCCUUCCCAGCCGACGCUUCAGAACGGACAGAUGGCGCUAUUCAGAUCAACACGUCUCCUCUCGGUCUUGGGGUCCAGCCUCCGAGUUGCCAGCACGCGGGCAGCUAGCAAUGACGUCAACACCUUCAGGGACACUUAUACUAUGAGGAUGUACAAUGGGGAAAAGCAACCCACUGGCCUCUUCAGCGCCGGGGAGAUCGAGAACCGUAUUAACAAACUGCGUAAAUACAUGGAGGAAGAUGGUGUAGCUGCCUGCCUCUUCACUUCGAUACACAACGUCAAUUACUACACAGGAGGUUUUCUCUACUGCUCCUUCGGCCGACCCUACGGCCUCCUGAUCACGCCAGAGAAGCACGUGACCAUCUCGGCCCUUAUCGACGCGGGGCAACCAUGGCGGCGCUCACCACAUGACAACAUUAUCUUCACCGACUGGAAAAGAGAUAACUAUUUCCGAGCGAUAGUGGAGGAACUCGGAGGCAUCAAGGGGACCAUAGGCAUCGAGUACGACCACCUGACCCUCGAACGAAGUCAAAAGUUGCAGAAUAACUUGCCUCAUAACAACACCCUCGUGGACGUCAGUGCGGCGACCAUGAGGAUGCGGAUGAAAAAGAGUCUGGAGGAGAUAGCGGUUAUCAAGAACAGCACAGCCACAGCGGACAUUGGUGGGUGGGCGUGUGUGGAAGCCUUGGGAGAAGGAGUGCCAGAGUACGAGGUGGCACUGGCCGGCACUCGCGCCAUGGUCAGAAACAUUGCCAUGCUCUACCCAGAUAGCGAACUCAUGGAUACAUGGGUUUGGUUUCAGUCCGGCAUAAACACAGACGGCGCCCACAACCCGGUCACGACACGCAGGAUACAGAAGGGCGACAUCCUCUCCCUCAACUGCUUCCCCAUGCCCCAGGGGCACUACACCGCCCUGGAGCGCACGAUGUUCCUGGACCACUGCUCCGACGCCCACCUCAAGAUCUGGGAGGCGAACGUGGCGGUGCACAGGAGAGGGCUCGAACUCAUCCGCCCGGGAGCCAAGUGUUCUGAGAUCGCACACGAACUCAACCACAUGUUCGCUGAGUUCGGACUUCUGAAGUACAGGUCGUUCGGCUAUGGGCAUUCCUUCGGUGUCCUGUGUCAUUAUUACGGACGUGAAGCUGGCCUAGAGUUGCGAGAGGACAUCGACACCGUGCUGGAGCCGGGCAUGGUGGUGUCCAUGGAGCCUAUGGUUACCAUCCCCGAGGGUCAACCAGGCGCAGGGGGUUACAGAGAACACGACGUUAUGGUCAUCAACCAAGACGGCUCGGUUGAUAACAUCACCGGCUUCCCCUUCGGUCCGGAGCACAACAUCUUCAAGAAAUAAGGAAGAAAAGGAAAGCAAAUAAGGAAAAACGUCACUGGCUUCCCCUUCGGCACAACGUCUUCAAUAAAUAAGGUGAAGAGGAAAAGGAAAACAAACAAGGGAAAAAAAAGUAUCUGAAAACUUUUGUGAGAAAUGGGAUUAAAGCAAAGGAAUAAAUAUUUUGAAACACAUCUUCAAGAAAUUCGAAGAAGUGGGAAAAUAAAAUGGCAUUUUGAACAAACUUCUAAGGAAUGGAAACAAAAGUGUGCACAUUUUUUAAAAAUACAUCUCCAAGGAGGCGGAAAUGUAAAAUAAAAUAAAUAGAUAAGUGUUCUAUGUCUUGACAUUUCUAAAGAAUAAAAACAUGUUGUUAUAAA